CUUUCCAGUCCCUAGGGAGAAGGAUCUCGAUGAGGUCCUGCAGACACACACGGUGUUUGUCAACGUUUCCAAAGGACAGGUGGCGAAGAAGGAAGAUCUCGUUCCAUCGUUUGGGACAGAUGACCAAACAGAAAUCUGUGAGAUGAUUUUGUCUGAAGGGGAGCUCCAGGUAUCAGACAAAGAACAACACACACAGCUGGAGCAGAUGUUUAGAGACAUCAUGACUAUUGUGGCUGACAAAUUUGUGAAUCCUGAAACAAAAAAGCCAUACUUAAAAAUCCUUAUAGAAGGAGCCAUGAAGGACAUUCACUACUCUGUCAAACCACACAAGAGCACGAAGCAGCAGGCCCUGGAAGUGAUCAGACAGUUAUUGGAGACCAUGCAAAUUGAACGUGCUCACAUGAGGCUGCAAUUUAUUCUUCCAGCAAAGGAGGGGAAGAAACUGAAAGAGAAGCUCAAGCCACAUAAAGUUGUUGAAAAUGAGGACUUCCACGAACAGCUGGAAAUUGUGGGCCUUAUUGUCCCCGGCUGCUUCAGAGAGAUUGAUGAGCUGAUCCGGGGUGAGACACAAGGGAAAGGAACGCUGGAAGUGCUUGGUCUGAAAGACGUGGAGGAGGGAGGUGAAAAGCUUGAAUAA